GUGAAGAAUAGCUGGCUGGUUCACGUGUAUUAAACAAAACACAGACGGUCGGUUGACAUGUCUGCGAUUUAACGGUGUCGUUGGAGAGCAACAGUGCAACAGCAGGAGCAGCAGCACCUCCACAUCCCAGACCCUUUCAACAACAGGAGACGUUUUUCCGAACAUCGACGAAGCUCAAGUGGACAACACUGUCCGAAAUGGCAGAGGGAGGCUUUGACCCUUGUGAGUGCAUCUGCACCCAAGAGUAUGCUAUGAGGCGCCUCAUCAACCUGCUGAGGCAAUCUCAGUCCUACUGCACAGAUACAGAGUGCCCUCAAGAAUUGCCAGGUCCCAGCGGGCAAGUGGGCGGAGGAGGUGAUCUGACCCUUCCCAUGGUUCUGAUGGGAUGGGUGGUGGUGGCUCUGGUCCUGUUCCUGCUGCGCCCCUCCAGUCUCAGGGGUCCCCGUCCCACAGGCAAACCCACUGGACCCCACAAUAGCGAUGGAAGAGAGCCCCCAGCACCUCCUGUUGACUAGCAGAGGAGCCGACCUACCAGCACUCCUCCACCUGCUCUGACUGGAGCUGCACAGUUAGCUAGUAACUAUGACCAAGACAGCGUCAUCUCCCUGUCAACCUUCAUACAAAUAUCUUUUGCUUUAUUUUCUUUUUCUAAUAACACAUCUUUGUUGGGUAGAUCUGUCUUUGAUUCUUGUUACUAGAGCCCAACUGAUAAUGGAUUCAUGAUGCCAAUGGAGAUAUGACAUUUGAGUGUUGAAAAACAUCAGAUGAUAUAAUGAUCAAUAUUAAUUUUUUGACACAAACACACAACAUGAACAAUGGUGGCAGUUAUUCUGCUUCUGCUCCAGCUUUGUUCAUUUUUGACAUUUGAAAUUGAAAUUUCAUAAUAAUCACAAAAAACACAUCUUUAAAAAGAAAAAAAAAAACCUUGGUUUUGCAUAUCUGCCAACAUAUAUGGUGAUAUAAUGUACCUGUGAUAAGCCAGUUCUGACCGAUAAUAUUGGCCAACAAUAUCAGUGUGUUAAUGCAUCAGUUGGGUUUCUAUGUUGUAUUUCAUCACAUCUUUAAUCCAGAGGUGUGGCAUCGUUCUGAGUUAGUUCCUUUUCGCAGCUCUGGUGCAGACAGAUCUUCAGAAACUCAGACAUGAGCUCAAAUUGAAGGAAUGUGUCACAUGGGUUGGGGGAGAAGGGAGAGGGGCAGCAGACAAGUUUUUGGGCAGUUAAGUUGUUGUUCUGGUUUUUGCUGAGUAAUGAAGGGUGGCAGGUUCUUCAGACUCUUUAAAACAUUCCUCUCUUUCCACUUUAAAGUUACAACUCUAAACAGUGAUAGUAAUUAUGUCAUAUCACAUUUAAUAGCAUAUUCAAACCAGCACAAUGACAGACUUCAAUAGAUUUAUUUGCUUAAAUUGAAGUCUGAGUUAGUAUUUCAUGCACGAUAAUAUGGCAUGUUGAUUUUGAUGCAGUUAAUCAAUCUUAUGUGUUUACAUCCAGAUUACAUAUUCUCCUGAGCCAACAAAUACUCAGAUCUCUAAUAUACUAUAAACUAUAUUUCCAAGAACAUGCCAGUCCCUUAAACUGAUUUUAUUUGCCAACUCAAAAACAGGUUGUGAGCUCAACAAUGACAUAUUAUCACCCUAUAAUGUUUAUAUGGCAAACGGUUGCUUAUUUACACAUCCAGCAGUCAUGGAGCAACAUUAGCAUUCAUUCACAUGGAGUCCUGUUUGUAUCCACUUGAUGAAUAUAGGCCUAAUUUUCACUUUUCUUUUAGCUCUGUUUUUGGUCUAUACCAACUCCUGAGGGCAAUGUCAGGCUCUUUAGCUGCUAAAUGCUAAAUGGUGCUGAGCAGGUAGUGCAUAGUGGGGUUUUAGAGCUUUUCUCUGAAAACAGAAAACAACACUAUGAGAGCGGUGAGAGUGAACCAAAACAAUAAGGUUUUUAGCCAGACAGCUAAACAAUGAGCUGGAACUUGCUAUAAAACUCUGUAAAGUUGACUGGAGCUGCUGAUUUCAGGUGAUAAUUCUGUGUAUGUUCAUCACUACCAGCAACCCCUUUCACAUUGUCUUCACAUUGUUUUCACAUUGCCAUUUGAUACAUUUUUAUCAUAAGAAUAUUGAUUACAUCCACUUUAAGUAUCAGAUGGUUUGGUUCCUGUAAUAUAAGUGAUGAAGAGGGCAAUACAUUUCCAAUAAGUUAUGGGUUAUUGUAUAAAAUGUGAACAAAAUAUUUGAUGCACAUAACAGAGAUAACAAUCCCCCUCAGUCAAGAGUCUCUUUAAAUGAUUCAAAAGAAACAAACUGCAGGUAAACAUGGUUAAAUAGGUCUGGUCAUAAAACAGUAAAAACAGUAAAACAGUAUACUUGGCACAAACAAAAUACGUUUUAAUCAUAUUAAGGUGAUUCUGUGUACUGUAAUUAUUUUGUGGUUAAAAGAAGAAAAUGGUCAUUGUAUACUGACUUAUUAGUAGUUGAGAAUCAUAUUUUAUUAGCACUUUUGUUGUGGUAUGUUAUUUCAUUUUGAAGGUGUGUUGUACUGAUUACUGUCUAAAAAUGGUGGCCUUGUGGGGAUGGGGGCCUGUUCUUCUCUUACUGAGAAUCACAGCAGUCUGUGAUUAACGGGAGCAAUCCAAAGUUUAUACUUCACAACUAAUGUCAAACCAAUGAAAAGGAAAGAAAUGAAAAGGUGCAUUUUCAAACAGUGCCAGUGUAGUUUAAUGGUUCCGGUCUCAGUACUGAUAGAGAACAACGUUUUGUGAAAGAACAGUAAUAUCGGAGGUCAUUUUUAUUUUUAGAUUUAUGUUGGGGAAAGGACGAUGGAAUCAUCUGCAGUAGAAAUUUUGUGAUGUUUCCUUAUUAUUAGCAUGGUUUACAUCAAAGGGUUAUUUUCUUAUAUUUGUUAACUCAGUUGGUUCAGAGCUCUGCUAAAUAUGUGAUUGAUUUUAAAUGUAAACAGUUUUAUAGGUGUUUCAGCUACAUUAAAGGUUGAAAUGCAGUUAGUGAACAGAAAAAUAGAAACCCCAGUGGUGAAAGAUACUUGUAUGUAAAUGUGGGUGCAUAUUUAUAACAGUGCAACAGCAACACAAACUACAGUCUCAGAAUUACAGAGGGCAAUCAACAAUUGGUACAAUCUUAAGACAAAGGGUUUCCUGUUUUUCUAGUCACUGACUGUAUUUUGUCAAGAUCUUUGUCAUGCCCCUGUGAAGGAAACAUGGUUAUUAAAGUGUAUCUUGGUCUUGUGUUACUUUCCAAGGUAUCUGUGAUUCCAGAAAUUACUUGGAUUAGUUGUACAAUUGAAGGAUAUGAUCUGCAACAACUGUGGGCUGAGUUCAUACCAACUGUCUUCAGUGGCUGGCUACUCUUCAUUUCCAUAUCAGCAAAUGUCCUCAAUUUUUUUUAAUACAUCUUACUAGACUUGCAAAGGAUAUGGCAGGGAGGAGAUAUGAGAAGGAAAAUAAUCAGUAAACCAUAAGUAGUUGUAACUAAUGAAGGGGAAGCCAUAUUAGAUGGUUGAGAUGAACAGCGGGACUAUCUGGUACCACAGGAGACCUCGAUUUACACUGUUACUGUUUAAGAGUAAAAGGGCUUCAACUAUGCACUUUUCCUAUAACAAAACAAAAAAUAAAAAGAAUUCAGUCUUA